UUCAAUAAAUGAACUUUCAAAUAUUCAAUAUGGUGUCAGAAACUUGAACGUCACUUCAAUUAUAGAUCAAAGUAGUAUUUCAUUGAAAGUUGGAUGAAAAUUUUUUAAAUUACAUCAGAAAUAUUUUAUUCUUUUGGUAUUUAUUUUACGGUUAAAAAUUUGAUAAGAAAAUGCCGGUCCCAAGUAGCGUGUACCAACAACAUCAUGGUCCAACAUGUUUCGAUAAAAUGAAAAUGGGAUUUAUGCUUGGAUUUUGUGUCGGAUUAGCAAGUGGGGCGCUUUUUGGUGGUUUCUCAGCAUUGAGGAGUGGAUUACGUGGCCGAGAUUUAGUGAACACAGUUGGUAAGGUCAUGUUGCAAGGUGGUGGAUCAUUCGGGACAUUUAUGGCCAUCGGAACUGGACUGCGAUGUUAGCAUCAUGCAAUUGUUGUUACAAAUGUUUUUUUUCUUACUAUCUAAACACUCUUUUUGUUACUCCCUUUACGAAACCUUGUAAAAAAUUAUUUGUAAGUUAAUUGCGCACUCAACUUUAAAAGUAACCGCAAAUUAUCUUUUUAUAAGGAAAUUUUGAGAUAAAUUCACUAAUAUAUCCGAAAUAUAUUCACGUAUUACCUUAUUUGUGAAUUAAA